CUUGUGUGGAUUUAAGGGGUUCUAUGAAAUACAGUAUUGCCCUGUUAUAAUAACCCUCCUCUCCUGUGGCAAGCAUCAAUUCUUCUCUCUUUUCUGGACAGCUAUCUUCCCUCUGAGCAACAGCAUGAACCCAAGCCUUCUGGACCACAGCAUGCAUCAUUUCCCCAGCAGCACCUACCCAGAGGACAGAGCAGAGCAUCCUCCCUCCUUUCUACACGACAACACAUACAACUCGUCCACCCCUCCAUCCUCCUCUCGCUCAAGCGGAGGAUCCCUUAUCUCUAUGCUCCUACAGAAAACCAUUGAGAGUGAACAGACCCUCCAGGAGAGCUCUGCUGCAUAUUACAACCCUGAGGCGCAUAUUUCCUUCUCUGCCUUGACGAGCCCUAGACUGGUGAAUCAUCACAGCAGCACUUCCUCCAAGAGCAGCAGCACCACCAUGGAGCCUCUGUCUCCAGCCAGCCAGGCAUCCACUGGGGCCAGCCCCAAUGGAGCCGGGUCGAACCAGGACUGGACCCUGGAGCUGGGGGAUAGACGUCAGGCAAAGCGUGCCAGAGUAGAGAACAUCAUCAGAGGCAUAGCAGUCUCUCCUCCCAGUCCCAGUGUUCAUUGUACACAUGGAGAAACCACUCCUUCCAAUGACCUUCAGAGUGAGACAAUGGAAAACAAACAGGAGAGCAAAAGGAAACAGAGGGUGCCGCAGCACCAGGACCUCCUGAGGACGGGGGGCGCUAGCGGAAAGAGUACGGACGAAGGCCAUAACCUGAGGAAGCAGCUUCAGACCAUGCAGAGGCUCCUGGGUCAACUCCAGGCCAGGUUCAUCCAGAUCUACGAGUAUCAGACUGAGUCUCAGGAGGACGUCAGGGAUGGGACGUUUUCAACAGGUGUGAUGGAGGACGACCACCAAAGUACUUGGAACAAAGGAUACCCGGAGACAGAGGUGUUUAUGGACCCUUACAGUGGAGGGCCUUUAGAUAGAGGUCAUCUGGUGUGGAAGAAUCACAAGCUAACUGACUACAUCCACUCAAACCCAGACAAAGAAGACAAACUCCUAGCAGAUAUUCUCAAGUAUGAGCUCUCCAGAGCCGUAAACUCAAGCGUUGACUCGAUUUUCAAAAACAUAUCACAUACAUUAUUCAAGCCACCACAGCUACACAUCAAGGAUGGGGGAAUGGCGGAAACAGACGAUGAGCCCGUGUUCCUCAGCUCUCAUGAGCCAGCGUCAUCAUCCACCCACGUAGACAGCAUGUCACGACUCCCCCCAUGUUCCAAGAGUGGUAUGGUACAACUACCAGAGAUUCAAACCGAGGCUCUAUCUCUGGUUGUUCAAAAGCCUGCUUCAAUGACUCACCCAUGUUCUCCAAACCUAACAGUGAAAAGGCCUCUCCAUUUCCAUCAGCCCUCACUCCUAUACAACCACCCCACUGAUCUACAUGAAGACCACCAAGUACUGGAUAACCUGAAACACAACGGUUUCCAUCACGAUACCUUCGGAGGGCUCCCGUGUAGACCCACUACCAUGGGUCUACCUACCUCAGAGAUGGUUGACUUAUUGUGGGAUCCGGUCAAAGUGAAGUCCAAGGUGACCUCCAGGCCACCCAGGAGUCCACAGGUUCACCACCCCACAGCCACAGGGCAUAACAUGCUUCUGGACAGUCUCGGUCUCCCUCACGUUAAGAUGGAGUAUGGUAGCUUUCAGAGUAUGGUGAAGAGGACCUCAUAUGUGCUGAAUGAGGGUCUGACCACACACCACCUGAAGAAAGCCAAGUUGAUGUUCUUCUAUACACGCUACCCUAGCUCUAACGUGCUCACAGCCUUUUUCUCCGAUAUCCAGCUCACUCGGUGUAUCAUGUCCCAGCUGAUUAAAUGGUUCAGUAACUUCAGAGAGUUCUACUAUAUUCAGAUGGAGAAGUUUGCCCGCCAGGCCCGAGUGGAGGGAGUUAACAGUGUGAGGGAUGUAGCAGUGAGGAGAGACUCGGAGCUCUUCAGAGCCCUCAACAUGCAUUACAACAAGGCCAAUGACUUUCAGGUUCCUGACAGGUUCCUUGAAGUGGCUGAGAUCACACUACAGGAGUUUUACAUCUCCAUCUCUCUGGCCAGAGACUCAGACCCAUCCUGGAAGAAAGCCAUUUAUAAGGUCAUCAGUAAACUGGACAGUGAUGUACCGGCUGAAUUCAAAGCCCCCCUCACAACAUAGAAAGAGACAGACGGAGGUUGCCGUAUUUAAAAACAAAGUGUAUUUUCCUGCAUGGGCCAUGUAUUGAAUGGAAGCCAUGCUAAACGUACAACAGCAGGACAGGGUACCCGGUGUUUCAAUAUAUGGUCAAUGUGGACGGUUCUGUAAGUCGCUUUGGAAAAACAGUGUAAGGUAAAUAAGCAUUGUUAACGCCAUUUCCCAUUCAGAGGUCCGUCGUGUGAAAUGUGUGGCUGUACAGUAGGCCUAUGUCACAGUUGGGUUUUAUAUUCACAGUAGGAGGAUUGUAGAGAAAAUAGCAAUGUGGUUUCAAUUCAAAAAAACAAAAAAAACAAUGUAUACAAUUUUGAUUGAUAUUGAGGCAUGAGUUGCUGUAGAAUCUAUUAUUAAAACCAUGUUGGCGCAUGUGAAUUAAAUUUGUAUUUUUGCUACAUCAGAUCAAUCUAGCAAUAAUACAAGUGACCUUCAUUUUGAAUUGUUCAGUAUGCGUCAAUUACGAAGGCAGUUUCAGGCAUGUUAGUGAAUGGGAGGACGGCCUUAUUGCAUUACAUAAUCUAAAAAUGUUUUAAAGUUUCAAGAGACCACUGAUGGUUUCUAAACUGUUGUAAAGAAACAACUGGACAGACAAAAAAAAAAAACACAAUCCACACAAGUACAAAAUCUUUUAAUAUACAAUAGGUGCAAGUCAGCAUGCGUUUCAUUCUACUAGCCUGAUGUGAUCAGAACAAUGAAACCUGUAUAACAUGUCAAACCUAAACUCACUUAACACUGACGUCACCCCAAUACCAUUAAUUACAUAUUCAGUACAUACUGCAUGGACCCUGGCGAGAGGAGGAGACGUCCAGAAAACAUUUGACUAACAACAACAUUCUUUUAACCGACGGACUUAAAAACUAGUUUCCCAUCGCUGCUUUUAUCAUAUCAAUAUACUCACCUUGACGUCUCUGCUAAAAGUUCCAGCGCGUCUCGCAGGAAGAGGAAAGAUUUCAAUCAGACAUGUGGUUUUCAACAGGUGUGACCUCAAAACAUGACUUGUGGGUUUGUCUUCAUAUAUCCCGGCAAUAUUAGUUGAUUCGCCCUCCAGUGGUGUUGUAGUGUUCUGUUGAGUGCAUCUCCUGGAAAUCACCGAGUUGUAGUGUAACGCCUCUCUCUAGAGCUGCCCGCAGUAGUGCCUCUCUCUAGAGCUGCCCGCAGUAGUGCCUCUCUCUAGAGCUGCCCGCAGUAGUGCUUCUCUCUAGAGCUGCGCAGUAGUGCUUCUCUCUAGAGCUGCCCGCAGUAGUGCUUCUCUCUAGAGCUGCGCGCAGUAGUGCUUCUCUCUAGAGCUGCGCAGUAGUGCUUCUCUCUAGAGCUGCCCGCAGUAGUGCCUCUCUCUAGAGCUGCCCGCAGUAGUGCCUCUCUCUAGAGCUGCCCGCAGUAGUGCCUCUCUCUAGAGCUGCCCGCAGUAGUGCCUCUCUCUAGAGCUGCCCGCAGUAGUGCCUCUCUCUAGAGCUGCCCGCAGUAGUGCCUCUCUCUAGAGCUGCCCGCAGUAGUGCCUCUCUCUAGAGCUGCCCGCAGUAGUGCCUCUCUCUAGAGCUGCCCGCAGUAGUGCCUCUCUCUAAAGCUGCCCGCAGUAGUGCCUCUCUCUAGAGCUGCCCGCAGUAGUGCCUCUCUCUAGAGCUGCCCGCAGUAGUGCCUCUCUCUAGAGCUGCCCGCAGUAGUGCCUCUCUCUAGAGCUGCCCGCAGUAGUGCCUCUCUCUAGAGCUGCCCGCAGUAGUGCCUCUCUCUAGAGCUGCCCGCAGUAGUGCCUCUCUCUAGAGCUGCCCGCAGUAGUGCUGCCUGCAGUAGUGCUGCCUGCAGUAGAGCUGCCCGCAGUAGUGCCUCUCUCUAGGGCUGCCCGCAGUAGUGCCUCUCUCUAGGGCUGCCCGCAGUAGUGCCUCUCUCUAGGGCUGCCCGCAGUAGUGCCUCUCUCUAGAGCUGCCCGCAGUAGUGCCUCUCUCUAGAGCUGCCUGCAGUACCUACUCUCUCUAGAGCUGCCUGCAGUACCUACUCUAGAGCUGCCUGCAGUACCUACUCUAGAGCUGCCUGCAGUACCUACUCUAGAGCUGCCUGCAGUACUGACUCUAGAGCUGCCUGCAGUACUGACUCUAGAGCUGCCUGCAGUACUGACUCUAGAGCUGCCUGCAGUACUGACUCUAGAGCUGCCUGCAGUACUGACUCUAGAGCUGCCUGCAGUACUGACUCUAGAGCUGCCUGCAGUACUGACUCUAGAGCUGCCUGCAGUACUGACUCUAGAGCUGCCUGCAGUACUGACUAGUCUACAGUACUGACUCUAGAGCAGUCGACAGUACUGACUCUAGAGCUGCCUGCAGUACUGACUCUAGAGCAGUCGACAGUACUGACUCAGUGGGCCUUUCUAAAUUGGAUGUUUUGCACAGAACGAUCAUUAUUAGGCAAAUAAUAAUAAGGGCCCCAAAGAAAAUAAUGGUCUGGUGGAUUAGAAAUGCCUGGUCCCAGUCCGCCCCUGCCAGAACCAUAUGGUUUAUUUACAGAAUGCCCAUUCACAACUACACUAGAGGAUAUAUUCUAUAUAUAUAUAUACACAUUCUAUAUAUAUUCUAUUCUAUAUAUAUUCUCUCAGAUUGUCAUAAUUGAUCAUAUUCACUUAGACUGCAGCAUAAUCCAGUUUGUAUGUUUCUGAAUUUGUCAAUCUGGAUUAUAGCGGUGCAGUCAGCAUUUAUUUCAGUCAAAUUAGCAAAAGGAGGGGAAAGUCAUGUUACGAAAAAAAGAAUAAUACAAAUUGAGGCAAAUAUGGGCUGGUAAAGUUUGCCAUUGCUAAUGAGAUUGUACUGUGAAAAAGACAGGUGACCAUUGUUGGCUCAGUUGUUUUGGCUUGCAUGCCAUACCUAUAGGGCAUCUUUAUACACAAAACAAAACCCUAAGGAACAUGGCAUUUGCUUCAGUUAGCAAGUUGAUAGUGUAGUGAAUUGACCUUUACUAUAAUCUUGAUAUUUUCUUUGUUUUACACGUAAAGGAUGCUGUGUCACUGUGUCGUCAUUAAAACAGCACAACAUAUAUAUACACUGUCAAUUCAGUAUUGGAUUUGUUGGAAGAAACAGUGAAUGCAAACUUUUCCUUAACUUCAAAAGUUUAGGAGUUUACGAGAAUGCAACGUGAAAGUUUAAAUAUAAUUAAAUAUGAGA